AUGAGGCGCCCCCCUGGGAAUGGAGAAGUGGCCGGCAAGGGUCCUGGCAGCUGGGGCCUAUGGGGAAUCCAGGAGUCCAGGAGGCUGUGCUGUGCUGGUCCUGACCGCUGUGGCCAGGCCUUGCUGCACAUUGGUAUCAACAUGAUGGCACUGCCUGGAGGCCGCCACCUGGACUCCAUCCCCCUGCCAGGGCAGCGGCUGCACCUGAUGCAAGUGGAUUCGGUCCAGCGCUGGAUGGAGGACCUGAAGCUCAUGACCGAGUGUGAGUGCAUGUGCGUCCUGCAGGCAAAGCCCAUCAGCCUGGAGGAGGACGCACAAGGUGACCUUAUCCUGGCAGGAGGCCCUGGCCCGGGAGACCCUCUGCAGCUGCUGCUCAAGCGGGGCUGGGUCAUCAGCACUGAGCUGCGCAGGAUCGGGCAGAAGCUGGCGCAGGACCGCUGGGCGCGGGUGCACAGCAUGAGCGUGCGCCUCACCUGCCACGCUCGCUCCAUGGUCAGCGAGUACAGCGCGGUCAGCAGGAGCUCCUCGCGGGAGAUGGGCCAGAUUGAGAAGCUGCUAAUGGAGAAAUGCUCAGAGCUCUCAGCAGUCACGGAAAGGUGCCUCCAGGUAGAGAACGAGCACGUCCUAAAGUCGAUGAAGGCCUGUGUGAGUGAGACCCUGAGCACACUGGGCCAGCACUUUGGCCAGCUGCUGGAGCUGGCCCUGACACGGGAGGUGCAGGCCCUGGUGAGAAAAAUUGAUGCCUCAGACAAUAUCUACACCAUGGAGUCCACUACAGGGAACCUGUUCAGCCUGACCCAGGAGGGAGCUCCCUUGUGCCGCAUCAUAGCCAAGGAGGGUGGCGUGGUAGCACUCUUCAAGGUUUGCCGGCAGGACAAUUUGAGGUGCUUGUACCCCCAGGCUCUCCGCACUCUGGCCUCCAUCUGCUGCGUGGAAGAGGGUGUCCACCAGCUGGAGAAGGUGGACGGCGUUUUGUGCUUGGCUGACAUCCUGACUGAUGACAGCCACUCAGAGGCCACGCGGGCUGAGGCGGCUGCAGUGGUGGCUCAGGUCACCUCCCCACAUCUUCCCUUCACUCAACACCUCAGUAGCUUCCUGGAGAGCAUGGAGGAGAUUGUGACAGCCCUCAUCAAACUGUGCCAAGAGGCCUCAUCGGGGGAAGUCUUCCUGCUGGCCUCUGCGGCCCUUGCCAAUAUCACCUUCUUUGACACAAUGGCCUGUGAGAUGCUACUGCAGCUGAAUGCUAUCCGCGUCCUCCUGGAAGCCUGUGGUGACAAGCAGAGAGUGGACACGCCUUACACCCGGGACCAGAUUGUGACCAUCUUGGCAAACAUGUCUGUCCUAGAGCAGUGUGCCUCUGACAUCAUUCAGGAGAAUGGGGUCCAGCUUAUCAUGGGCAUGCUGUCUGAGAAGCCAAGGUCUGGGACCCCUGCUGAGGUGGCAGCCUGUGAAAGGGUCCAGCAGAAAGCUGCAGUGACCCUGGCCCGGCUCAGUCGAGACCCAGAUGUGGCCCGGGAGGCCGUGCGGCUCAGCUGUAUGUCCCGUCUCAUCGAGCUCUGCAGAUCCCCAUCAGAGAGGAACAGCAGUGACGCUGUGCUUGUGGCCUGCCUGGCUGCUCUGCGCAGGUUGGCUGGAGUCUGCCCCGAAGGCCUCCAGGACUCUGACUUCCAGCAGCUGGUCCAGCCGCGGCUGGUAGACUCCUUCUUACUCUGCAGCAACAUGGAGGAGAGUUUCGUAUAG